UGCGCGUAUUACUUGCAAAACAUUGUUUAUUUCCAAGAAAAUGGGUUCUGCUAAGAGAAAUUUAUUCAACUUUUUUAACUCGCGUAAGAAGAAACAAUUCAUACGUGAACAGCAAAUGGGUUUGCUAGGAGAUUUCUCGGUGACCGCACCACCCAGGAUGUACUUAAACAAGGGUCAGGAAGAUGAGAUGGAAGUUUUCGGUUAUAAAAAAAACGCAACGAAAACUAUCAUCACGUACGUCUUGAUUGUGCUAACGGGGGGACUCCUGCGACUGGUUUUUCACUGGGUGCCCCACUGGCUUCUUAUGGCAACCAGUAAACUUUGCCCUGUGCCUCUUGCCGACAAAGUUUUGAUAGUCGAUAAAUACAAAGGUAAACAUAAGACUUAUUACGUCAAAACUCUUGAAGUUUUAACCCCUGGCAAUAUUAAAAAGGGGUUGCUCCUCGACGUAAAAGAUAAGAAUGUUAUCGGUAGGGAUGACGAUGUUACAUCUGAUAUUCAACCCCGGCUUUCAGUUCAGUUUGAACCUGGAAUUUUCAGGGACGUCGACAGAUUGUUGAUGUUCAAGUGCAAAAAGUUCUCGUACAUUUACGACACUGAUAAGGGCGAGUUUGUGAAGUUGCAGGGAUUGGAUGGGGGCGUCACGAGCGAUUUUUUCUACAACUGUAAGGGUCUGACGCAGUACGAGCAGUUCAUGAGGCGCCAAGUCUACGGAAAUAACGAGAUAGCAAUCAAAGAACUAUCAGUAUUAAGUAUAAUGUUCCUGGAAAUAUUGAACCCCUUCUACGUGUUCCAAAUGUUCAGUUUCGCCCUCUGGUUCGCUGACGGGUAUUACUAUUACGCAGCAGCAAUUCUCUUGAUGUCGGUAUAUGGUGUAGGGGCCACUGUAAUACAGACUAGGAGGAAUCAGCACAAUUUGAAGUCUACGGUUCACAGUUCUGACGUUGUCACGGUUGUCCGGGGAAAGCCGAAGCAUAAUUUUGAAGAAGUAGACGCCAAGAGGGAGUACGAAGCGAUAUCAACAGAACUGUUAGUCCCUGGGGACGUUAUAGUAAUCCCUCCUCACGGUUGCAUCCUUCAUUGUGACGCCCUCUUGCUGACAGGCAAUUGCAUCUUAAACGAAUCAAUGUUGACAGGUGAAUCCGUUCCAGUGACUAAGACUCCUUUUCCGAAUUUGUCGAAUAUUAUUUACGACCCUAAAGAGCAUUCAAGACACACCCUAUUCUGCGGCACUCAGGUGAUACAGACGAGGUAUUUUGGAGACGAGAAAGUCCUUGCUGUAGUAAUACGAACAGGAUAUUCAACUUCUAAAGGUGCUUUGGUCAGGAGUAUUUUGUACCCACCUCCGGUCGAUUUCCGGUUCGAAAAGGACUCCUACCGUUUCGUAAUGCUUUUGGCUGUGAUUGCUGGUAUCGGUUUUAUAUAUACGGUUGUUACAAAGGUGAUGAGAGGCGUUGCCCCUAGAGAAAUUUUGAUAGAAGCCCUGGACUUGAUUACUAUCGUCGUACCACCGGCCUUACCUGCUGCCAUGACCGUUGGAAGUCUUUCUGCCCAAACACGGUUGAAGAACAACCAAAUUUACUGCAUUUCUCCAAGGACCAUUAACGUUAGUGGAUCUGUAGAUUGCGUAUGCUUUGAUAAAACUGGAACAUUGACUGAAGAUGGACUAGAUUUGCUUUGCGUGGUCCCAGUGAACGGCAAGGUAUUCGGUUCUCCCAUAGAAAACAUUGAAAGUAUGUCCUACAACACGUUUCUUUUUGGUUUGGCUUCCUGUCAUUCUCUGACUUUGAUUGAUAAAAAGAUUGCUGGCGACCCUUUGGAUGUAAAGAUGUUUGAAAGUACUAGAUGGAGCCUGGAGGAGCACGAAACGUCUGACAGUACGAAAUUUAACAUGCUCUUCCCUACGGUCUUGAAGCCUCCGAAAAAUUGCCCCAUCAAAGUGAGGAACGACAUGGAUGCUUCCGAAGAAUUCGACCUGCAAAUAGGGAUAAUCCGAGAAUUCCCCUUCUCCAGUAGCGCCCAACGAAUGGGGGUAAUCAUGAGAAAAUUGGGAGCACCACACUUUGAAUAUUAUUGCAAAGGUUCCCCCGAGAUGAUACUGAAUUUUGUAAGGCCAGAAACUGUCCCCGAGGAUUUCUCUUCGAUUUUGGAAAGUUACACUCAAGACGGAUGUAGGGUCAUUGCAAUGGCUCACAAAGAGCUCAAAAUGUCCUAUGCCAAAGUUCAGAGGGUUCAGAGGGAAACGCUGGAAGUUGAUCUCGACUUUUUGGGUCUCAUUGUUUUGGAGAAUCGCCUUAAACCCCAAACGACCCCCUGCAUUCGGGCCUUAAACGAGGCCAAUAUUAGGAUCAUUAUGAUCACAGGUGAUAACAUUUUGACAGCGGUAAGUGUUGGUAGGGACUGUGAGAUCAUAGACCAUGGACAGAGCGUUAUUACAAUGGAAUGUGACGACACGUCUUCUACGCCCCCCAGGAUUUAUUAUUAUUUAAGUAAUUCGACAAAAAGACCCAAAAAAUGCGGAGGUGCUGACAUGAGUCUUAUAUCCAACUCUGCAAGCAUUGCGAGUCUCGACACCGUAGAGUCCCAGGUCCCUGCAACCGUCAGGGACGAAGACUCCACUUUUGUCGUCGGUGGCAAGUGCAAACCAUACACAGGAAUUUACAACGAUUACAGAUUGGCACUAACUGGAAAGGUCUGGACAGCGAUAAGGAAUUAUUAUCCAGAGUUGGUUCCUCGUAUUAUCACCAGAGGGACCAUUUUUGCACGAAUGUCCCCCGAGCAGAAGCAGCAACUCGUCGAAGAGUUGCAGACAAUGGGUUAUUGUGUCGCAAUGUGUGGAGAUGGUGCUAACGAUUGCGGAGCCCUUCGUGCGGCCCACGCGGGGAUUUCCUUAUCGGAAGCGGAGUCGUCUGUCGCAUCGCCUUUCACGUCCAAGAUCGCUGAUAUUAGUUGCGUUUUAAAAAUAAUAAAAGAGGGACGGGCCGCUCUGGUGACCAAUUUCGGCAUUUUCAAGUAUAUGGCCUCAUACUCAUUGUGUCAGUUUAUCUCUGUCAUGAUCUUGUACAGUAUUGAUUCGAAUCUGAGCGACGUCGAGUUCCUUUACAUCGAUCUCUUCAUCAUUUCUGUGUUUGCAUUUUUCUUCGGCAAAACGAAGUCGUAUACGGGGAAGUUGGUGAAAGAGACGCCAUUGAGCAGUCUUUUAAGUGUGAGUCCUUUGCUGUCCCUAUUCCUGCAGCUUCUGCUGGUGACCGGAUUCCAGGUAACGUCUCUGGAACAUUUGAAAAUGCAAGAUUGGUACGUGCCAUUCAAUUCUUCGGCGAGGGUGGACGAGAAUGACGUCGCCUGUGUGGAGAACUACACUAUAUUUACAGUUUCCAGUUUUCAAUAUAUUAUAUUGGCUGUGGUAUUCAGUAAAGGGAAGCCCUACCGACAGAGCAUCUUUUCCAAUUACGCUUUUGUGGUGUCAGCAUUUCUUCUAACAGCGUUCUCAAUCUAUAUGGCCUUAUAUCCGGUUCAAUUUUUGGCCGACCAGUUUCAACUAAUGUUACCUGACAGUUUCCAGUUUCGGACGUACCUGGUGCUGUACGCCGUCGUUAAUUUUCUUGCCAGUUUGUUCGUCGAGGCCAUUAUUAUUGACAAUAUCGUUUUCAAGAAACUUAGAUUUAAAUUUCAUAAUUUGGAUAAGUCGAAACGAAAAUAUUUAGCGAUCGAGCGCGAUAUGAAUAUGGAUACGAAAUGGCCCCCUCUUUCCAGUCAAUUCAGGUCUGCUGCCAGUCCUAUGGACCCUUCGCCUCCUUGUACUGCCGAGAUCGUCGUUGAAAAGGAGAACAAAUUCGAAAAACACCACAUACUCAAUAGUCUUUAUGAGGACUCCUCUUCCAGCUCUGCGAAAAUGGUUUCAAGCAGUGACAGGACUCUCAAUCAGUUGUCCCCAGUGAUUACAGACGACGAGAGUGAUAUUUUCCAGAGUGCUGGUAGUAUUUCGAUGUCGCUUCCAUCGUCUCCCUUCAAGGGGUCUAACGGUCACGCGGGAUCCCCUGACAAGGUGGGCGCUUUGAGCAGUUUGAACGGACUGAAUAACGUAAUAGCAAGUAGUCCGAAGGGUUUCCGAGGAGAACUCGAAAUGAAAAGUCUCGAGGGUAGGUGAGUGUUGUUUUUCUUGAUGAUGUUCGAUUUUGGAACGUACAGAAGCUGACACGUAGCCCGAUUUUUUAAAAUAAUUUGGAACUUUCACGGAAAGGACGUUUGGGAAUGUUUAGGGACGUUGUUUGAUCUUUAGGAAUUUUAGGAUAGAAAGACCGAUACCAUUCUGUUACUAUUGAUUUCUUAGAAAAUUGUAUUAUUUAUAAAAGUCAAAGAGUAGGUCAUUAUUACCUAGUCAACUAUUAUAUUUUACAUAAAUUGUUAAAUAUACAGGGUGGAGCACGAAACGUUACUUCUAAAUGAGAGUAUUUUGUAUCUUAAGAAGUUAUUCAAAAAUAGUAUUUUGCGGAAAACUGUGCAGUAAGUACAUUUUUACUUGUAAUGAAUUAUUAGAUUUAAAUACGAAUAUAACCCGGAGAGCUAAUUAAUACAUGAAUAGUAUCUAUAGAAUAGCUUUACUCUUGUUUUUAAUUAGGAGCAAUUUCCAGUAUGUAAGUAAUUAGCAGUAUUUUUUAAAAUACAAAUCAGAACAGUCAAGUUACUUAAUUAGAAUUGUGUUGCAUUAUAUAUAAUUAUUUUCGUUUUGUUUACACUUUUUAUUUUGUAUUUAUUUUAUUUAUGGAAACUUUUUUGGUUUUUGUUACAUUUAUAGGAAUUAUUUACUUUUAAUUAAACAGCUGCUGAAGCACCUGGAAGGCCAGUUAAAGUCCAGUUUUUAAAUAGUUCUUUUUUAUUAUUUCGCUCUUGUUAGUCAGUUGUUGUUAUUGUUAUUUGUAGGCAAUUGAAGCUAAUCACUAAUUAAUUAAUUACAGAAGAACAAUAUAGUUAUUACUAGGACGUUUCUUCCAGCUGUGUAUUAAUUUUUGUACUUAAAACUUGCAUUUAUUAUUGUG